GUCUUAAUCUUUCUGAUUUCUUCUAUAAUCUUCAAACCCAUCAUGUAUAUAAGUGCAAAAGUUAUUGGCUUUCAUUCACAUCAACUAAGCAGUCGUCGUUGCAUUUGUGAUUACAGUUGGUGAAGAUGGUUAAGGGUAGCCAAAUUUUCACUCUUUCUGUGACCCUUUUGUUUUUUAUUUGUGGAAAGACCUAUGGAACAGACACUGACAUAUUCUGCUUGAAAAGCAUCAAAGAUUCCAUAAAAGAUCCUCACAAGUAUCUGCAAUCUUGGAACUUCAGCAGCAAAACUGAAGGCUUUAUCUGCAAGUUCAUUGGUGUUGAAUGUUGGCACCCUGAUGAGAACAGGGUCUUGAAUCUCAAACUUUCAGACAUGAGUCUGAGAGGUCCCUUACCUCAUGGCAUUGGAAACUGCACAAGCUUAACAGGAUUAGACCUUUCAGGAAACAAUCUCAGUGGAAGCAUUCCAGAAAAUAUUGCCACUCUUGUACCAUUUAUCACAUCUCUUGAUCUAUCUUCAAAUCAGUUUUCUGGUGCUAUACCUUUGAGUCUUGCAAAUUGCACCUACAUCAACACCAUUAAACUUGAUCAGAAUCAUCUGAGUGGUCAGAUUCCUCAGCAAUUGGCCCUUCUGCCACGGCUCAGGAAUUUUACUGUUUCCAACAAUUCAUUGGUGGGGCCAGUUCCAAACUUUACCAAUGGUCAUGUGGUGGUAAAUUAUUCAAACAAUAAAGGGUUGUGUGGACCUUCGUUGAAGCCUUGCCCCAACAAUUGAAACUCGUCAUUCAAGAUAAAUCCAUCUAUAUACAUGUUCACAAUAAACUUCUUCCAAGUUAUCCAGGAAUUUCUUCAAACAUGUAUACCUAUAAGAUGGGGAAAUAAGAAUAUCCAGAAAUAAUGUUUUGACAACCUUUUCUUU